UGAUCAAACUCCUGCAUGAAAUGGAAAUCAUAAAAGAAAAAUAACCCCUUGCUCCAAUGAACAUUCAGAUGGCUAUUUUACUUGUUGAAACUCAGCAAACCCUCCUUCACCACACUUCCACCUAACCUAGAAUAUCAAAAAGACAAGUUUCUUCUUUCUUGCACUCAUUAGUCAAAUCAAUAUCCUUACUUGCAGAUUUCAGCUUAACUUUGAAGCUCUAUAAAUGGUGAAAGGGAAACAAUGCAGAUUCAUAGCAGCAUAAGCAUCACCAUUAUUAUAAUCUGUUUUCAGCAAUCAUGAAGUUCUCAGGAGAAUUUGCUGCCCUUGUGCUUCUGAUCCUUGUUGUUUCAACUUCAGAGGCUGCAAUUUCAUGCAGUGAUGUGAUCAAGGACUUGAGGCCUUGUGUGAGCUACUUGGUGAGUGGCAGUGGACUGCCACCUGCUGCAUGUUGCUCAGGAGCCAAGGCUCUUGCGUCAGCUGCAUCAACAACAGAGGAUAAGAAAACUGCUUGUAACUGCAUCAAAUCCACUGCCAAGAGUAUCAGCAUAAACUCACAAUUGGCUCAGGCUCUUCCAGGAAACUGUGGAAUAACGCUUCCUGUGUCUAUCUCCCCCAAUGCAGAUUGUUCCAAGGUUGGUUGAAACUUGGAAUUGGAGUUUGCUGCAAGCAUGCUCAACAUUUUUUCUGCUACGUAUUUGUAUGGGAACUUAUCAUAUAUUAUGUAAUAAACAGGAAUCUACCUACGUGGAUUUCGUCAUUCAUCACUGAUUUGCAUGUUUUUUUUUUUAAUAUGUUGUUUGAAUGUGUUUCCAAUCUACCUUGAUUGUAGAGCACUUUUUAUUUAAAGUUCACAAAUGUUGUUUUGCUA